UAUAAACUAUGCAUCUACAACAAACUUGUAAAACACAACCUGAUUUCAUUCUAGUUAGAAAACAAAAACAAAAGGUCAUUCAUCUUCUACAUUAAUCAAUGGCUUCAAACCAACCAAGACAUGUUGAAGAAAUUCACAAAACAAUAGAGACUGAUUUAAGUCCUACUGCAACCCAACAACAACAUGUUGAGGAGAAGCCUGGCGUGAUUGGUUCGGUGGUGCAGACUGUGAAAAACACCUUAGAGAAUGCAAAAGAAGCUGUAAUUGGCAAGGGAAGCCCCACAGCUACAACACAAGAAGUCCAUGUUUACGACGACGACAAAGAUUUAGUUUCGGGUGGUGAAGUUAGGGAUAUAUCAGCCAACAAGUCUCGUGGAGUCUAUGAUUCUGCUGCUGAGAAAGCCAAGGAGUGCAAGGACACAACAGGUUCCAAAGCUGGCGAGUACACAGAUGCAGCAGCUCAAAAAGCAAAGGAAACAAAAGAUGCAGCAGCUCAGAAGGCGAAGGAAACAAAAGAUGCAGCAGCUCAGAAGGCGAAGGAAACAAAGGACGCAACAAAAGAUAAGACUAAUGAGUAUGCAGAUUGUGCAGCUCAGAAGGCGAAGGAAACGAAGGAGGCGGCAAAAGAGAAGACUAAUGAGUAUGCAGAUUAUGCAGGGGAAAAAGCAAAAGAAGCUAAGGAUAAAGCUGUGGAGUACAAAGACUGUGCUGCAGAGAAGGCAAAGGAAGGGAAAGAUGCUACAUUGAAUAAGCUGGGUGAGUAUAAGGACUACGCAGCUGAGAAGGCGAAAGAAGGGAAAGACACUGCUGCCGAUGCAGCCAAUAAGGCUAUGGGUUACUUGGGUGACAAGAAAGAGGAAACUAAGCAGAAGGCAGCCGAGACUGCUGAGGCUGCUAAACAGAAAACAGCCGAGACUGCUGAGGCUGCUAAACAGAAAACAGCAGAGGCAAAAGACAAGACCAAGGAAAAGCUGAGUGAAGCAGAUGAAGAGGCAAGGAGGAAAAUGGAAGGGGGGAAUGUUGGAGAUACAGGUUUCAGAGAGGAAACCUGGAGGCGUGGAAAUGAGGGUGUGAUCAGAACUGAAGACACGCGAACGGGAGCGGUGGCGGAUAGGCUGAAGGCGGCGGAUCAGAUGACGGGUCAGACAUUCAAUGAUGUUGGAGCCUUGGAUGAUGAAGGAGUUACUCGUGUGGGACUCCUUGACAUUAAGAAAAAGUGAUUUAAUAGUAAAUCAUGAUAUGCAAAUAAAAUACUAUUAUGUUUUCUUGUCUUCAAAUAUGCAUCUAAAAUAUGCAUCUAAUGUUUUGAUAUGAAGUGUUUGAAACAUGUACAAAAAUAAAUUGUGUUUUGGAAUAUGAAUAUAAGUAUUAUAUGGCUGAAGGUUUAUACUGA